UUCUUCGCAGUGCAUUCUGGGACAGUAGGCGAUUCACAAUGGCGGCGAAACCAAAUCAAUUAAAACUUUUGUAUCUGAGUUGGAUAUACGCAACGAUUUUUUCUCGUAUUACAUUUAUUGACGCCACUGGCCUGACGUGGGAUGAAAACGGAUACAUUCUUUACUGCCCCUGCAUGGGUCGGUUUGGAAACCAGGCGGAUCAUUUGCUUGGAUCGCUGGCUUUUGCCAAAAUGCUGAACCGGACUUUGGCGGUUCCGCCGUGGAUCGUUUAUCGGCAUCACGCGCCUCCGUACACUAACGUGCAUGUUCCCUACAGUGAGUAUUUCCAACUGGAGGUGCUGAAGCAGUACCACCGUGUGGUGAGUCUGGAGAACUUCAUGGACCAUCUUGCUCCUACACACUGGCAACCAGGCCAGAGAGCUGCUUACUGCUUCGAGUCAGCCGUCCAACGGAGUUCAGAUAAGAUGAGCUGCCCUAUGAAGGAUGGAAAUCCAUUUGGUCCAUUCUGGGACCACUUUGGAGUUGAAUUUGACCGUUCUGUCCCAUUUGGUGGCCUGUAUUUCAGCUCCUACUACAUUCCACAUUGGAUUAAAAGGUUUCCCCCAGCGGAGCACCCUGUGCUGGCUCUUCCUGGAGCUCCAGCCCACUUCCCUGUGUUUGAGGAGCAUGUGGGUCUACAGCGCUAUGUUGUGUGGACUGAGAGGAUGGUGCAGGAUGGGGAGAAGCACAUCAGCACACUGCUUUCCAGACCUUAUGUAGGGAUUCACCUCCGCAUUGGAUCAGACUGGCAAAAUGCCUGCAAGCUGCUGGAGACAGGUGAUGCUGGUCCCCACUUUAUGGCCUCACCGCAGUGUGUGGGUUAUGAUGGACAGACAGCACUACCGCUCACGUUGACCAUGUGUCUGCCUGACCUGAAGGAAAUCCUGCGGGCCGUCAAGCUGUGGGUGAAAAAGAUCAAAGCUCAGUCUGUCUACAUUGCCACUGACUCAGAGUCUCACAGCUCUGACAUUGAGAAACUCUUCAAAGGAAAGAUAAAGGUGGUCAGCGUUGAUCCAGAUGUGGCUCAGCUUGACCUGUACAUCUUGGGCCAAUCUGACCACUUUAUAGGCAACUGUGUCUCAUCCUUCUCAGCCUUUGUUAAGCGGGAACGAGAUAUCCAUGGCAGGUCCUCCUCCUUCUUUGGCAUGGACUACCCGAUCAAAAAGGAAAGAAAAGAUGAACUUUAGAGGCCGUCUUGCACUGAAGUGUGUAUGACCGUGAAAGCUGACUUUUUUUUUCUUUUCUUUAAGUGAUCUCAGGUGAAUAGUUUACAGAAGAGUGAGGCUCAGAUAGGUUUUUUGUAUAGUGUAGAAGGCACAAAUUUCAGACUUAAAACUCCAAACAGAAGUAUUUUUCAGAUUAAAACAUUCCAUGCUUGAACACACCCAUAUUGAGAAACAGUACACACGUAUAGUAUUCACAAAUACUGAUACAUACAUGUAUGUUAUGUUCAUAUAAACACAAAUACAAUAGGAUAUAUAAUUCUAUGAAGUAGAAGCUAGCUGACAGUUGGUGUGUAAUAGUUGUCUUAUUUGAAAGUGAUACCCCGCAGGGGCAGUAAAUGAUCCUCUGGAUGCUAAUUAUAGUGGAGUGAAGAGCCCAGAUUAGUCAGUUGGUUUGUGCUUAAUAACAAACCUGCACGCUACAAGAAAGGGAUGCAAGGGUGUGUUACUUCAAGUGGGAGCGUAUAUACUCUAGAUGUAUAAUUUCUGUAGAGCUGUUAGAGAAUAUGUUGUACUUUUAAUUUGAACCUGCACAUACCAGUAUUGAAUUUACUUAUGGAGAGAAUAAAUCUGUUGUCAAAAGGUUUAUACAUGCUCUUAUAAAGACUAUUGUACAUGUCA